AUGGUAAGUGCAAGCCAAAUUGUAGAAUUACAAUAUGAAUUACAAAAUAUUGUUGUUAAUCAAAUGAAACAACAACAAAAGCUAAUAGAAAUGAACGAGAGAAAAGAACACAUGAAAUCAUCAGUAAAAUUACCCAAACUAGACUUACUACCUUACGGUGGAGAUAAACUUAAGUGGUUGGAGUUUUGGGAUUCAUUUGAGUGUACAAUCCAUAAAAAUAAAAUGCUCUCAAACGUCGAGAAGUUUACAUAUCUAAGGAAUAAGUUGUACGGGGAAGCAAAACGGGCCAUAAUGGGUAUUGCCCUUACUGAAGAAAAUUAUGAUGUGGCAAUCGAAAUUCUGAAAGAUCGUUUUGGAAAUAUACAAGAAGUGAUUGACUUGCACUAUAACCAGAUGAUAAAUUUGUAUCCAGCAAGCAACAAAACAGAAAGUUUGAGAAUACUUUUGGACAAAGUCGAAAAACAUCUUAGAAGUCUAGAAGUGCUUCAUCAAAAUAUCAAUCAGGACGUAUUUGUUUCAAUGAUACGUUCAAAACUUCCUCAACAUGUGUUGCUUCAACUAGAAAUUCAAAAAGGAACAGUGGAUAAGUGGACUGUCUCAAUCCUUAGAGACAAACUCAGAUGUUAUGUAACAGCUCGUGAGAAAGCAGAAAAAAAAAUCAUCAAUAUCAGAUUCAAGUAG